CGCCCCAACCGUGGGCUGGGAGAACCUGUCAAGUGUAAAGUGCCAGUCAAGCAUAUGGGCAGGAGCGUGGCUUCAUCCUUGCCCAGAGCCCUGUAUCUGGCUAGGGCCAAAGGAAGAACGGAGAAGGUGGAGGAAAGGCCAGAGAAUCCCGCCCUGCUGAACUCUGCUUGCAGGCUGUCUCCGUGGCCCCAGCACCCGAAAGGAGUCAAUAAUGGUUUCCUUUGAAAUGGCAGGCAAUUAGGACUGGGAGGCUCUGACCAGAAUUACACAGCCGCAACCGCCCGUCACUUGACAUCCUCUGUAAUUUGGGGCCAACAUAACUGCAGCUGCCUCUUUCCCUGCUGACAUGCGUGGCUCCGGUGACAGCCCGUUGGUGUUCACAGGAAGAGAGGGCUGUGUUCUGAACGCUGCCCACCUGGCGCGGGUUCUCCCCUGGGCCCGCGGGCUGUGUCUGGAGCCACUGCCUCUUGCAGAAGGGUAGACGUUUGCUGAUGGCUCAGUUGGGAGCGGUUCUGGCUGUGGCUGCCAGUUUCUUUUGUGCCUCUCUCUUCUCGGCGGUGCACAAGAUAGAAGAGGGACAUAUUGGGGUGUAUUACAGAGGUGGUGCCCUGCUGACUUCCACCAGCGGCCCUGGCUUCCAUCUCAUGCUUCCUUUCAUCACAUCAUAUAAGUCUGUGCAGACCACACUCCAGACAGAUGAGGUGAAGAAUGUACCUUGUGGGACAAGCGGUGGUGUGAUGAUCUACUUCGACAGAAUCGAGGUGGUGAACUUCCUGGUCCCACACGCAGUGUAUGACAUAGUGAAGAACUACACAGCCGACUACGACAAGGCACUCAUCUUCAACAAGAUCCACCACGAGCUGAACCAGUUCUGCAGUGUCCACACGCUUCAGGAGGUCUACAUCGAGCUCUUCGAUCAGAUUGAUGAAAAUCUCAAACUGGCUCUGCAGCAAGACCUGACCUCCAUGGCCCCCGGGCUCGUCAUCCAAGCUGUGCGGGUGACGAAGCCCAACAUCCCGGAAGCCAUCCGCAGGAACUACGAGCUUAUGGAGAGCGAGAAGACAAAACUGCUGAUCGCAGCCCAGAAGCAGAAGGUGGUGGAGAAGGAAGCCGAGACAGAGCGGAAGAAGGCCCUCAUCGAGGCAGAGAAGGUGGCGCAGGUGGCCGAAAUCACCUUUGGGCAGAAGGUGAUGGAGAAGGAGACGGAGAAGAGGAUCUCAGAGAUCGAAGAUGCUGCAUUUCUGGCCCGGGAGAAGGCCAAGGCGGACGCUGAGUGCUACACUGCCAUGAAGAUAGCCGAAGCAAAUAAGCUAAAGCUGACCCCUGAGUAUCUGCAGCUGAUGAAGUACAAGGCCAUUGCUUCCAACAGCAAGAUUUACUUUGGCAAAGACAUCCCUAACAUGUUCAUGGACUCCGCGGGCAGCAUAGGCAAGCAGUUUGAGGGACUAGCUGACAAGCUGAGCUUUGGCUUGGAAGAUGAGCCCAUGGAAGCAGACUCCGAGAACUGAAUGUUUCAGUCCACAACCUCCAAUGACUCUCCGAAACAGAUCUUUAUUUUUUAAUGAGGAACCAGGAUGUCCCCUCCCUUCCACACUACCUUCUUUGACUCUCUUCCACAUACUGUGGUGAAAAAAAGAAGAAAUGGACCUAAAUCUAUUUUCCUUCCUGGGAAGGGUAGGGCAGGGACUGAUGAACUGGGGUUUUAUUCAGGUAAGUAGGUUACGUGAUUUAGGUUAAGCUUUGGAAAAGAUGGGUUAGAGCUCUGACCUCCAGGCACUGAUUUUUGCCCUUCUGAGGCUGGCUUAAUUAGGGAUGCUAUCAACAAGAAGUGGGAGAAGUGCAGAAGGUCGCCUCCAGGUGAUCUGACUGCCCUGGAGUGGGAAAAGGCAGUCUAGCCGUCUCGAGCCGCCUCCACAGUGAGAGAUGCCCGUGGGUGAGGCCCAGCUCCUAGGCCAACGCGCACUUGUGAGUUUGCCAGCGGAGCAUGGAGAAGCGGCCUUGGAGGAUGUUGGCUCUCUGGCGUUUAUGGCCAAGUGUCAUGAGUCGCCACCCACACACGCCGCCUCAGGCCCAGCUGAGGGUGAUCUGGUGCUAGCUUUGCAAGCUUUUCUACACACCACCCUCCCUGCCCCAGGGCUCAGAGCAUGGUGGCUUCUGACCUCAUUUCUGAGUCACGAUUUGGCCACCAUCCCCAGUUCCUUUUCAGACUUUUCACCUAUUCUGUGAUUUGGUUUGGUUUUGUUGUGUCUUCCCUCCACCUGUUCAUUGGUUCCACUCAGCAUCGAGAAGACAGGAACAAAGAACUCUCCAGUGUCUUAAAAGCUGCUGAAGUGGGACCACAGUACCCGUUCACCUCUGCGGUCCCUGCUUGGCAAACAGUGUCUGUUCCUUGAGAUCAAGUGUCUUUUUUUUAUGGAGUGUCUAUGUCAAGUGUCUUUUGUUGUGGAGAUUCUGCAUUGGAGAGCUCCUCUGGGUGAGAAGGAUGGGCUGUCCAAAAUCUGUCCCAGUCUCAGCGCCUGUGACUUGUGCUGAGAGCUCAUCUGAUACAGUGAUAAGAGGGAGCCUGUUCUCUGAGUGACUCGCGUCUUUAGAUCCAGGGUUCAGGGGUCCCAGAGAGACAGCUGUUGGGUUUAAUUUGGGGAUUUGGUUAAGGGAGCACAAACCAGAAACCGAGGUUUCCUUAUGGCCUGGAGUUGGAGUCAGGGGCGGGGUUGUGUACCAGAUCACCAAGUGGAGGGCAGCUGUCUGGAGUGAACUUGCAAGCCUAUUGAUUUCAUCCAGGACAAGCCCUGGCUUAAGAUUUGUUACUAGCUGCCCCCGCCCCCACACCAAGAAAAACUCCCACUGUACCACCCUCUUCUUGGUGGAACAUGGUGAUAAUAUCUGGGACAGAUUUCCAUGUCAUUGAUGAACCCACACCUAGACUGCUGAUGUAUCGGAUGGUCCCAAAAGCCGGGAAAUGGGGGAGCAUUCAGCUGGCCCAAGAAGACACAAAGGGUUAACUUGUCUUGAUCUAAAUGUUGCCCUUCUCUGUUCUAAUUUCUGGAACUUUGAAUUCUCAAACCACCAGUCCUGGUCACACUUUGUGCAGGGAUCCAAAAUGUCCAAGGAUUGAUGGAUGUUAAUGUGUUCAGGCGUUUUUGCAGAAGGCAGUUAGUCUCCUAAGACCAACACAAAGCAUCCAUCAUUAAGAUAUACUCACCCUCCUCUCACUUCAAUGCCAUGAAUCACUUGUCAGGAGCACCCUGUCACGUCCAGCAUCCCUGACUUACAUGUUUGUCUGCCCUUCUGCUCUGAGACUGGUUGCCUAAGCUCAAAGAACACUCCUCUCCAGUGGGAUACGCAGCAUGGCAUCUCAGCCUGUCCGAGUAACACGCUUGCUCAGGGGGCUAACCGGAACACUGCUCUAACACUAGCAUCCCGUGACGGCCUGUCUCUUGCACUAGAUCAUAGGAGAGCCUCAGUGAAGUCCUGCUCCACCUGUCCCCCACAAUGUCAACAUCCCUUCUGUAAGCAAAAAAUACAAGUAUUGUACUUCCCAUUCAUUUAAUUCCAAUGGUUGUCUGUACCUGCCUGAAUAGGAAAAUCAUAGGAAUGAGCUGUUUCCUUGGCUUGGGACAACUAACCAGUCUUGUCUUUGUGACUUCGUUUUGGUAAUGCUUACUAGAGAACCUGAUAUGAAAACAUUUUAAUUCUAAACAUGUUAAAUAUGACAGCCUGCCAUUUGGCAGGCAGUAAACUCAUGGCUGCUAUUGAUAAAUGGAACCUCUAUGAAAAUAAGGAACAGUUUCUAAAAUUCAGCUUUUGUAGGACUUUCCAAGGAAAAGUCACCUUGGUUGAAUGUUUCUCACUCAUUAAACUUUGCAGAAGUGAUCUAUAUUCGGUACCUGUUUUUAAUCACUUUUUAAAUAUCAGGACAGAAUGUCCGAAAGGAAGCCACAGUUUGUUCAUCUUUAUCUGACUAAAUCUGUAGGGAUCUGUGAUCAUAAUAAAUUAAGGAGGGGGGCAGAAAUUACUGGAAGAACUUUAGCAAUAUAGUCAUCCCUCGGUAUCCACAGGGGACUGGGAGCCCCGAGGAUACCAAAAUCUGUGGGUGCUCAAAUCCCUUAUGUAAAAUGGUGUCUUUACAACCACCCUCCGUACCCAUGUAUCCACAGCUACAGAGGGCUGACUGUAUUGAUCCAAAAAAAAAAAACAGUGGAUUUUUUUAUGAUCUGUUGCAGUGUCUGUGGGUCUCUGUAUCUUUCAACACACAGCGUCACCAUUUAUGGAGUAAAUGGUGGAAGUGAGAUGGACAUAUUGACUGACUGACCCAAGUUUGAUUGAGGAUAAGUGAAUCCUGACUAGUGUCUAUUCUGUCCACGGACCACUGCCGCUUUAGGUCUGUCCAGUAGGUUCUAGUCACUGUCUCUGUUGUUGCCUUUUAAAAGAAGUGAUAGCCAAUCACUUUGUAUUUUCAUUCCUCUCUAUUUCUGCUUUUGUGCAAGCUGAUAAUUGAACGGUCAAAACUCUACUGGCAGAGAGCCUCGAGGACUGAACGACCCCCUUUGUAACUGAGAAAUGACUCCUGUUAUGUUAAUCAUUCUGCAAACAAUAUGCUGGAUUCAUUUGCCCUGGGUCGAUAGAUGGAGGAACUGUUUUGGACAACCCUGAAGGUGUGAUUUUAUGUGUCAGUUUUAUUUUCAGUCUUGCUAAAUAAAAUGAGUCUUUGUA